UACCUGUGCUUGUACCUAUAUCUGUGCCAGUAUCUGUAUUUGUAUCUGUACCGGUAUCUGUGUUUGUAUCUGUAUCUGUGCUUGUACCGUACCUGUGCCUGUACUUGUAUCUGUACCUGUGCUUGAACCUCUACCUGUAGGCCCAUUUGUGCUUGUACCUGUAUCUUUGCUUGUACCUGUACCUGUGUUUGUAUCUGUGCUUGUACCUGUAGCUGUGCUUGUACCUGUACCUGUGUUUGUAUCUGUGCUUGUACCUGUAUCUGUCCUUGUACCUGUUCCUGUUUUUGUACCUGUUCCUGUGUUUGUACCUGUUCCUGUGUUUGUACCUGUACCUGUGCUUGUACCUGUACCUGUGUUUUUACCCGUACCUGUGUUUGUACCUGUUCCUGUGCUUGUACCUGUACCUGUGUUUUUACCCGUACCUGUGCUUGUACCUGUACCUGUGUUUGUACCUGUACCUGUGUUUAUACCUGUAUCUUUGCUUGUACCUGUAUCUGUGCUUGUAUCUGUAUCUGUGCUUGUACCUGUUCCUGUGUUUGUACCUGUUCCUGUGUUUGUACCUGUUCCUGUGUUUGUACCCGUACGUGUGCUUGUACCUGUACCUGUACCUGUGCUUGUAUCUGUACGUGUAGGCCUAUUUGUGCUUGUACCUGUAUCUUUGCUUGUACCUGCACCUGUGUUGGUACCUGUUCUUGUACCUGUACCUGUCAUACGUCGUUGGGCAGUCACUAAACAUGAGCCGCCCCCCAGGAGCCAGAUCUUCCCCAUCCACCGGACGAGGCUUCAUGCACGAGUUGAUGAAUCUACUGACAAACAGAGUAAUACACCAACGGAAAAUAAGAAGACGAUGGAAGAGGAGCCUGACCAAUAAGGAAAGUGAGCGUUACGCGUAUCAGAUUGAGGAGCAUCUCGAGGAUGAAGCCACUGAAGAGGUUCCUGAGGAAAAAGCUAACCAGUGUUCGUCGUGCCGGGAGAAGGGUAGGAAUAUUCUCCACAGCAAACACGUCCUCCGUACCAUCGUGGCGCUCUGUAUCAUCGAUUGUAUCAUGGUCAUGGUGGAAUUGAUUCUCGAUAACACUGCUGUUAGACAUGACAUUGUUGACAAGUACGGGUUGGUAGGUAUGGAGGGUGACAAAGAGAGUGUUAAGAACCACACGGCCCCCGAGAGGCACAGACGUGCGGCCUCCGGGGGGGAUGGCGCGGACCACGGGUCCCAUUCAACCUACGCCGUUAUAGCUCACUACUGCCAUUACGUUAGUGUCGCCAUCUUGUGCCUGCUUACAUUAGAGACCCUCAUUAAAAUUUUCUGCUUCGGAAAAAAAUUCUUCCAUAGCAAACUUGAGGUAUUUGACGGCUUCGUUGUCAUCGCCUCCCUCAUCGCUGACCUUGUUCUCCUGGACGGAGUGACGAAUGAGCCACCGCUCCUCAGCAGCGCUAUUGUUAAUAUCUUGUUGCCAUGGAGAAUAAUUCGUGUCGUCAACAGUUUGGUGAUCGCCACUCGCGACCAUGAGCACUACAAGCUGCUCCUCGUCUACAAAUCCAAGAAGCAGGUUGAAGACCAGAUGGAUCAAGUCAUCCAAGAGCUCCAGGAAUCCAGGAAUCACGUGGAGAGAUUGAUACUUAUUUGCAGAAAGAAUGGAGUAGACACUGAAGAAAUAUCUCUGCAUCAAAAAACAACAGAACCAACUUCAAAAUCACCAGGCGUGCAAUCUGAUGACGUGAAGAUCAGGGUGGAUGGCCCAGCUGAUGGUAACAAAAGCCAAGCUGAUCACACAUAUGACACGAUUUCUUCAGUCACCCACCUCUGAGUACAGAAAUAACCAGGCAUAGACCAAGAUGUCUCAAUUUCAUGUUUUUAUCCUAUUUUCCCAAUGUCUCAAAUGUUGUUUUCCUCAGAAUAAGGUGUUCGAAAGACACUGGGACAUCCCUGGCUAAACCUGAAGGAAAAACGGAGCAAUGAAUGAGGGCUAAAGGUUGAUGUUUGUCUUCUUCCAAAUUGGUGCUUUGUAAACAAUACUAUCAGAAAUUGUGCAUUAAACCAUAAAGAUAUAAACGCUUCAUCAGAAAGUUUUGUGUAAAGAAGCUAAAAGAAGCUUUAGAACUGCUUGAGAAAAUUUAUAAAUUUUGUAUAAAAAAUAAAAAGCGUGAUGAAGGCCGGUA